CACCGAGAGCAGCUUAACAUUCUCUAUCGAUCCCGUCCCAGAAGCGGUGUCCAUAAAUUGUCUUUACCCGCGUUUAGGCUUAAGGCUAUCCAUGGUGUAGUGUACAGUACCAACCCUUCGAGUACAGAAUGGAUUAUUUCUCCAAAAAACUAAGGACCCUCCGUCCGAUUAAAACCAAAUCUCCUAAAUACCAAAGAAACAGGGUAUUAAAAUCUUCUCCUGCUAAAGGCAAUCCUUCAAGUUCUCCUUCAUCCAGAAUAACUGCUUCUCCUAGAUUUAUCGACAAAGUUAUACUUGCGAGGCCCAUUAUGGUUAAUUAUCAAGACGACGAGUGCGCUACAGAUUUCGAUGAAAGCGAUUUCAUCACGGAAUGCCUUGAAUGGCAUAAUAUUCUACGUGAAAUUCACGGUGUUCCACCCCUCACUUUAUCUCAUCAGCUCUGUAGCAUGGCUCAAUUUUGGUCCAACCACUUGGUACACACCAAUACAUUUUACCACAGAAACAGUAAAGAUAUAGGUGAAAAUUUAUUCUGUAAAUGGUCAUCGGUGCCAGAAUUUGAUAUUACUGGACAGCAAGUGGCCAAAUAUUGGUAUAGUGAGAUGAAACUGUAUAAUUUCUAUCAAGAACCGUCUUUGUUACACGUUCAUGCUUGUAAGUUGAAA